AUGAGAAAAAUUACCAGACAGGCUUGUCAGACACUCGGCUUGUUUUUUUCUGGACUAUUUGUACUGUGGGUGACAGGAAACAAAAAUUCACAAAGUGGGUACCGUAAUGCCAGAGAAGUGAAACAUGUGCAGCAGUGGUCCGCUGGCACUGGCAGUUUUGGUAACAAAGUUAGCAAGGUUGCAAAUUCAAAACCCGACGUUCUACUGCCUGAUCAGUUUGCCAUAAGCUUAUUAAAACGUGGGAAAAAAAUGUGUGAUUCAAAUUUAAUUGCCUAUGGACAUUUUGCUAAAGUUACGAACAUUGUCCUUGAUCCAUCGUUUGGUAAAUUAACGCAAGAAGGAAAUUCAAAGAAUGAAAGUUACUCUGUUGAUCCAGGAUUUUUCCAAAUGGAAUGUAAUGGGAAAAUAGACGUUAAAUACCCUAAUCGCAUGAAGCAUUUGAAUUCAUGGGCAAAUGCAAUCAAAAUUGGUCUGCCUAACGACAAAACUUAUGAAACGAUUACAGACUGGACAAUUGCUGUUUCACGGAAUCAUAACAACAGUAUCUAUUAUACAAUGUCAGAUAUCUAUAAUGCUUUUUUACUCUCUAGAGCAUUUGACAUUGACCCUGAAGUUGUGGAUGUCAUUUUCAUAGAUGGCUAUCCAGAAAAUAAAAUGAACAGUACAUGGGCAAGACUUUUUCAAAAGGUUACCAGAAUUGAAGAAGUUAAGAAACCUGUGUUGUACAAAAACAUGAUAUGGGGUUUGGCUGAUAAUGACAGUCCACUGAAUUUUGAGUACAAGUUUAAAUCUAUUCCAAAUUUAGAAGAAUUUCGUAAGUUUGUUCUCAGAAGGCAUGAAGUAGAUUUUCAACAUAAACUUGACUGUACGAACCUUAAUGUGUUAAUAUUGAACAAAAAUCAAAAGUUCAUAGAAUUUAAAAAUGCUCAUGGACAUCCAGAAAAAAUAUACGAAAAUAUGCUUUACCAAAAUAUAUUAGAGAUUUUUAGCGAUCACAGAAUAGUUCUUUUCCCUUUCCAAGCUACACUGCAAGACCAGCUUAAAGUUAUUUCAAAGAUUGAUAUAUUUAUAUCUCUUCACACAGAAGAGCUAACUCAUGUGAUGUUUUUGCCGAAACAUGCUGUGGUUCUGGAAAUAUUUAAAUUAGAUGUAACGAGGUCUGAUAACAUGCACUACCAGGCUUUAGCCCAAUGGAGGAACAUGUCUUAUUACUCUUGGGGAGGUACAGAGAUACAAGAUCUUACAAAGUCAGCAAGCACUUUUAUUCAGGGACAGAUUAGUCAUAUUGCGGGUGAAAUGUUUCGGCAAAUGUGUAUACCAAGUUACAAAAAAAGUUCGACCAUCUGGAACUGA